AUGACGGGUAAGAGGACAAAGGCAACGGGAGAUAACCUGGUCAACGCAGGAGCGGCCGAAGCAGCCGGCGAAGGGGGAUCGGGCCAGAUGCUGCCAGCCAACCAAAACGACAUAGAAGCCGCCAGGGAUACUUUGAGCGGGAACAUAGACCAGCCGACUCUUCACCAGCUGCUGCUGGGCGUCCUGUCAGCAGCGCAGGCCAACGCGCCAAAAGCGCCAGCCAGGGAUCCCCGGACAGCACCGCCUCGGGAUCGCUCUCCUGACGUUGUCAUCACAAAAGACGUGACCAUCAUGCCAUCCGCAAGAGAACAGCUAGCAGCAAUAAGGACGGAAGUUCAAGCAAAUGACGCACCGAAGCUGACAGCACCACACGAGCAGCGGGAGCAGCUCGACGAAGGAACGCUAAUGCUGCUAGAGACCGCCAUCACCGCGCUGGAUGCGAACGAACCCCAGCUGGCCGACGUGGGUCCACUGCUGCGCAGGGUUAAGGCGACACAGCAAGGCCACCAGCUGCAGCAGAGGACCGGCUCUGUUCAGUCACCGAUCCCCAGCCUCAGCUAUACUUCCUUCCGGGAGAAGCUCGCUGCCAUGUGCAGCGCUGUGGGCAUCAAGCGCGGCAUCAUGCCACACUCCAUGCGCAUCGGGGGAAACAGUGCUGCAGCAGCCAGAGGGGUAUCCGAAGAAGCCCGCAAGGCCCACGGUCGCUGGAAGACGUAG